UUCUACUGGAUUUAUAUCGCUAGCAUUUUCGUGGCAUUCUUUAUGGCUGUGGCUAUCGGCGCCAACGACGUCGCAAACUCGUUCGCGGGAGCAGUCGGGUCCAAGGCGCUGACUCUGAGGCAAGCUGUGGUCGUCGCCUGGAUCUUCGAGUUUGCGGGGGCCUUUUUCAUGGGAGACCGCGUUGUGGAGACCAUAAGAGGGGAUAUCAUAGAUCCGGAGCUCUACCUUCUUCGCUCUCCUACCGAAUUCGAUAAACAUGGGGCGUCAUUGCUGAUGUGGGGCAUGUGUACCUCCCUCGUGAUGGCCUCGGCGUGGAUUGCCUGCGCCACUUAUCACGGCAUGGCCAUCUCCACGACUCACAGCAUUGCCUGCGCCCUCAUGGGCUUCAGCUUGGUCGUGAAGGGCUGGGGCUCCGUCCACUGGACUGGUGGCGGCGGCAAGAUGGGCGGCUUCACCUCCAUCGUGCUGUCCUGGGUGCUUGCUCCUGUGACGGCAGGGAUCUUGUCUGCCAGCUUCUUCCUUAUCACCAAACGCCUCCUGCUGCGCGCCGAGGACCCUGCCAAGCGCACACUUGUCGCUCUCCCAGUCUACUACGCCGUCACUGCCUUCGUCAUCGGUUUCUUCAUCGUCUGCAACGGAUCCGGCAGGCUGCAGCUGCAGAACCAGAGCAAGAAGACUGCCACGUGGAUUGCCACGUCGGUCGGGAUCGGGGUGGGCCUGCUUGCGCGGCUCAUCGCGGUUCCGCUAGCUCGCAAGAGGCUCGAGCGCAUGGAUGCCGAGGCUGAGACGACGAGAGGAAGCUUCUCCGUUUCCUCGUCGUCGGGCGGGGGGAAGUCGAAAGGGGUGACUGCGGAGGCGAUGGCCGCGGCUAUGGCGCGCGGAACGCCCUUCGACGCGGAGGCCGCGGCUGGAGGAGGAGGAUUGCCUGCAUCUGCAACAACAAGAACUGCCGCGGAGGGUGGCGGCGGAGCUCUCGCGGACGCCGCGGAGAGGGGUCAACGAUGGGCGGGGGAGACUCCCGUGGUCCCGCCUUUCGGCGCGCAGCGCGCAGGGGAGGUGGGGCAAGCCGCGGAAGGGCGGGCGUGGGAGUGGGUGGAGAAUUGGUACUCCGCUGUCGAGGCGAAGACCAUCGCGCACGAUCUCGAGUUCACGGAACGUACCAAGACUCUUCACGCCCAUGCCGAGGUGUUCGACGACCGGGCCGAGGAGCUGUUCUGCUUCUUGCAGAUCCUUACCGCCUGCGCCUUCGCCUUCGCCCACGGCACCAACGACACCGCCAAUGCCAUCGGCCCCUUGUCGUCGAUCCAGAACAUCUACGAGGGUGUGGCUGUGCACCGCUCGAUUGCCAAUCCCGACAUUCUCGAGGUGAGUACGGUCGGAGUGCAGUCCUGGAUGAUGGCUAUGGCGGGCAGUGCGCUGGGUCUCGGAUUUGCCGUGUGGGGAUGGCGCAUGGUUCGCAGUCUAGGCGGCGGACUGACUCUAAUGACCCCAUCAAGGGGCUUUACGACGGUCUUGUGCGCCGCUCUCACCAUCACCGUCGCCAGUGUUCUCGCGAUGCCGAUAUCCACCACCCACACGCUCGUGGGAUCCACGGUCGGGGUCGUGAACCUCGUCUCAGUCCUUGGAACUCGUACGAUGUUGCAGUACUUGUCGUUAAAUGCUGUACGUCCGAUCCUGUCACUAAUUGUGAUUGUGAUCGUGAUUAUGAUCGUUAUUGUGAUCGUGAUUGUGAUUGUGAUUGUGAUUGGGAUUGGGAUUGGGAUUGUGAAAGAAAGAACUCGAUGGAUCCAUCGGAUUAGACGAGGGCAAGAGAACUCGAUGGAUGCAUUAGAUUAGACCAGGGCAAGAACUCGAAGGAGGAUCCAUCAGAUUGGAAGAGGGGCAAGACGACGUCGUUCCGAAUGCGCAGAGCCGGC